AUGGGAGCUCAAACGAAAUUUACAAUUCCAGCCUUAUCUACAAACGAAGCAUGGAAGCUUUACAAGGAUAUGGCUAGAAUUUCCAAUGACACAAGCCACACAAGUACUGAUUUGUAUAUCACCCAGAAGACAGAUGCAACUGAAUGUGGAGGCUUGUCGGUUGUUAUUGUUACAGUUGCGUGGGCACUCAAUGAUAAAGAUAGGCAUUCAUGGAACUCUGCUCUUCAACAAUUAAGCAGGUCCCUCAUCAAAAACAUUAGGAGAGUAAAAGAAAAGGUGUUUAAAUCUUUGGAGUUGAGCUACAACUACUUAGAAAGUACAAGAGCUAAGAAAUGCUUUUUGCUCUAUUCCUUAUAUCCGGAAGAUUUUGAUAUUCCAAUUGAAUAUCUUGUUAGAUAUGGGGUUGGGAUAGAGUUGUUUGAGGCUGUUGACAGUGUCAACGAAACAAGAGACAGAGUACAUGCCUCUAUUGAUGAGUUAAAAAAAGGCUAUCUCUUGAUAGAUAGUGAAGUAAAAAGUUACGUUAAAAUGCAUGAUGUAAUACGUGAUGUUGCUAUGUCAAUUGCAUCUAAGGAGGAGCAUUCGUUUAUGCUAGAGGACAAUUAUACAUCAGAACUGCCAAAACUCCCAUAUAGUUUCUAUAGAGGGAUGAAGAAACUCAAAGCUCUAAACAUGUUGAAUGUGUACAUAGAAGGAUCAUUGCCGACAUUGUUGAGUUUGACACACUGGUGGACCUAG